GUUUUGUUAUGACAGCGCCUUGAAUAUACAAUGUAUUAAUUUCAACAGCUCACGAACGGCAUUCCGAUGGCAGAAGAAGCGAUUUUCGAGUUUUUGCAUUCAGAAAUUGUAAAUUAUACACUAUCGAAAGAAAACAGUAAGGAAAAUGAUCUCUCCACACUAGAAUACAUUGGUUUCACUACAGGGUACAGAAUCAUCGAGCGUUUGACCCGCGAAUGGCCUAGAUUCAAGGAUGAGCUGGAUACUAUGAAGUUUAUAUGCACUGACUUUUGGAGUUCAAUAUAUCGGAAGCAGAUCGACAACUUGCGAACGAACCAUCAAGGAGUGUACGUACUACAGGAUAACGCAUUUCGCUUCCUUACUCGCCUCUCGUCUGGCUCACAGUAUUUGGAACAUGCCCCAAAGUUCGUUGCGUUUACUUGUGGGUUGGUACGUGGCGGAUUAGCAAAUCUCGGUAUUACAAGCACGGUCACUGCGGAAGUUCAGACCAUGCCUUCAUGUAAGUUUCACAUUCAGGUGAAUCGAACGUAGGAAAAAGGGUGUAUCUUCAUGAA